AUGAUCGGAGUAACCGCUGCCCAGCGGUUCUCUACCAAGGGUUGGAGUAACCGCUGCCCUAGAAAACGGCUUCGGAACAAUCUGUCCGCAGAAAACGGCUUCGGAGGAGGAGCGGAAUCGCCGAAUUGGAAAUCGGAGAUAAGCUUACGGCGAGAGGAGAAAACUGCUUCAGAGGAGGAGGAGAAUCGACGGAUCGGAGAUCAGAGAUGA